AUGCCUGAGACUAAAACAGCACCGAAGAAAGGAGCCAAGAAAGCGGCGCCGAAAAGCAGCUCAAAGAGCGGCAAGAGGAGGGUGAAGCGGAGGAAGGAGAGUUAUGCCAUCUACGUGUACAAGGUGCUGAAGCAGGUCCACCCCGACACCGGGAUCUCUUCCAAGGCUAUGAGCAUCAUGAACUCGUUCGUCAACGACAUCUUCGAGCGCAUCGCCAGUGAGGCGUCUCGUCUGGCUCACUACAACAAGCGCUCCACUAUCAGUUCCAGAGAGAUUCAGACCGCCGUCCGCCUGCUGCUGCCCGGUGAGCUGGCCAAGCACGCCGUGUCCGAGGGCACCAAGGCCGUGACCAAGUACACCAGCUCCAAGUGAACAGCUGCUUGUGCGGCAACACAACGGCUCUUUUAAGAGCCACACA